CUGCUUAUUGGCCCACCAAGAUUCAUUUACGUCGCGGUUACCGGGAAUGACUUCACAUCAUAUUCGGCAGGACUCUGCAAGAUGGUGUUUUUUGUCAAUUAUACAUUGACGGACUUUUCUGCUUGGCUUGUUGCUAUAGUCGUGCUGGAACGACUGGUUUCCGUUCUUAAACCACAUCGGGUUAAGGUCAUUAUAACAAGAAAUCGUAUCGUCAUAACCAUAGUCGUUAUCUUCGUCUUGCUCAUGGUGGUAAAUUGCCACUUUCUAUGGACUUUCUCAAUCAAUGCUGACGAAGUACAUAUGUUCAGCUGCCAGGUGCAAGAUAUCCGUUACAAACACUUUGUCAUAUAUAUAUUCCCCUGGCUGGAUUUCACGGCGUUCUUUUUGUUACCAGUUUCUAUUGUUGUUUGCUGUAACAUGGUCAUCGCUACAAAGGUAGUACAUGCGGAGAUUCAGCGGAAGAGGUUGUACGCUACAGGUAGUACUACUUCGGGUUACAAGCUCACUUCAAUGACGGUCAUGAUGGUGGCGGUCAGCAUUUUUCUAGCGAUUGCCACUCUCCCUAGUAUUAUUUACUGGUUCCUUGAACCAACUGUGGCCAGUGAUGACCGCGACGGGCAGAGUUCAUUGUUGUUACUUUUAACAAUGUCAGUUAUAUCGGUGUAUACCAAUUCAGCCAUUAAUUUUUGGAUGUAUUCAGUAUGCGGGAGCAGGUUUCGACAACAAUUACUGAUCUUUAUUCGCUGUAAACAUAGAAUACACCCUCAACCUGCACUACCCGGCAACAGUGGCAUCACCCUUAAUAGCUCUAUCAACAAUGCACCACCCGAGCAGAACAAUAAGAAUGAACAUGUUGAAAAUCCGAAACCAAGGCCUGUACAUGUAGCAAGACCUAACUCUACCAUGACAUAUCACAGCUGAGAUACAACUACUCAAUCAGAUACGACAAUCAAGAGGCUAAUUUAUGAUCAAUGACAUGUUUCUUUUUAUGAGUCUUGCGUCAAGACUGUGGACCUGACUCCUAUCUAAACAACACAGUUGUUAGAGUAGAUAAUCCCGGGUCUUGAAGCAAGACUAGUACUUUUCAUAGCAUGGGUACAUCGUAGUAACAUAUACAGAUAUAGGGCUAUGUUCAUGAAUGGUAUAAAAUCAUAUCGUAUGACACUCCACUACAUCGUUUGCUAUUCCAUUAUAAACAGUUAUUUUUUAAUUAAUUAGCUUGUUAAUUCAUCAAAUAUUAUAUUCUUCAAUAUUAUAUUUUAAUCGAAAAAAUCAUUUAUUUGUUCGAGUGGUAAAGUAACGAUGAUAGCUGAGGCAUGCCAUACAUAUAUACAACUAUUAGACCAUAUACAUAGGGCCC